GAAAAAAAAUACAUAAUUAUGGCUGCCGACGGCUCGAGACGUUCCAGCCCUGAGCGGGCUGGUUCAUUCUCUUCCAUCAGAGAGAGCAGCUCGGAUCUGGCCCAAACAUUUACACAUACCAAGGUUUCUUCGUACAUUGCAGACACAGACGAAGUUGCUGUUGAAGACGAAUCUCCCGAACCUGGUAAAAUGGUCGACGUACAGUACUUCCCGGCGAUCACCCAUCGCGAAAGCAACUUGAGUGGUAAUUGGUUCCCUGCCGACAGCUUCAAGGGCUGGAAGCAGAUCAACGUCAAGGGGAAACUUGCCAGUAAGAGCUUUGGUGAUCUGCAGACUUUGGAUGGCGCAUGGAAUAAGGCUCCCCUAGUCCUGAAGAGGGAUGGCCCAAAGGCGAGAACCCCAGGCGAUGCUCCCAUAGAGAAGCUGCCCAUCGAGAUACUGAACUCAAUCAUAGGCCUGCUUGUGCUAGAUAUUCCACCAAAUGGUGAUAGGCGCAAUGUAGACCUGAUCUCGCUGCUGUUGACGUCCAAGACGAUUCAUACCGCAACCCUCAACUCACUGUACCAUAAGAUCACCAUCCCUCACUCAAAGAUCUUUCACAAGUUCUUGACCCACGUCAAGGCACACCCCGCUCUCGGCACCAUGGUCCGUCGAAUCGACUUCUCUCACUUGAACCCGGACCUCCUUUUCUCUACCGCCAGCGAGCGGUCGCAGGCUCAGUACCUGACCAAGGAUACUCUGCUGCAGUGCCUGGAGCUCACUCCACACCUCCAAGAGUUUCUAGCCCAGGACAAGGUAGAUGUUGACAUCGAUGCCGCUGUCCUGCGCAAGCUAUUCUUUGGCCUGCAAAGGCUCCAGGCUGUUGACUUCUGCGGCUCAACCUCGACAUUUUUCACAAAUGAAUUCACAGAGGUGGCCAAUUCAGGAGAUUGGCCCGAGAGGCUACCGCAGCUGAAGAGAGUCUCGUUGCACAAGUGCGAGAGGCUACCCUCAUCUGUAUUCGAUGUGCUUUUACCCAAGCUGACGACAGUAACGCACCUCGACGUUGCUGGCACUCGUAUCACGAACGACGCACUCGAUAGCAUCCCUCGCACGGCCUCUAUCACCCAUCUCAACCUGGCCAAGUGCAAAUUCCUAAAGGCUGACCGCGUCAUCAGCUUCUUAAAAGAGCACCCGGCGGUCCAGGAGCUCCAGUUUUUGAGCGUUGGAACCGAUGCCAAAACGCACCAAUUGUUCGAUGAGGAUUCCCUCUCGGAUCUGAUACCCAUAUUGCCCAAGACGCUCAAGUCACUUAGUCUAAAGGGGAGCAGGAUGAACAAAUCGCACCUCAAACUCCUCCUGCCGCUGACCAAGUAUCUCGAGGAACUUGCACUCGGCCGCUCACUCAAGCUCAUGGAUAUCCAACAGCUGUUCAUGCCCCCUGAGGAAGCUGAUCUGGAGGAACAGCUAGCUUGGGUGCCACAUACUAUCAAAUAUCUAGACCUCUCAGACAUGUGGGGCAACGAGGUAGAGAGCUCAGUCCUCUUCAACGACUCGCUGCUACUCAAAAAGGUAACAGAGCCUCUGGCCGUCAUUGAGUUUGAGGCCAAGGUGUUCGACCGAGUCAAGAACUCCAAGGGCGCUCUUACACGCUGGGGCUGGCGAACGAGCGAAAUCUCGGCCCGGUCGUGGCUUGUUCGCAUGAGCAGCGACGGCGACGACGGCUCAAGGAGCUGGAAAAUGGGCGCCAGGUACUGGGGUAUGCGAAAGAUCCCAGUAGCCGUCUCCGAGGUCGGUGGCAUCUACGGUUCGUUCAUGUUUGGACGCAACUUGUAG